GGAAGUGAGUGAGUCUGAUGAAUGAACACUACAUUAUCGUCUGUGUCUAUGUGAAAUGUAGAAAAACUGUCACGUAUAGUUAAUUUGUCUCAUUUAGAAUAGUAGCUACUGUCAUACGUCUGAGGAUGAAGCUAGCUAGGCCACAAAAGCAGUAGCUAGCAGCCAAAAAAAACGUCAACGUCGCAACAUCUCAGAAGCAAGAGAUUCUCAAUUACAGGUAGACCUGACCAGACCUCUCUCCAGCAUCAUGUGGGACCAGGAGAUCAGACAGAUGGCGUCCAGCCAUGCCAUCAUGGCGUCAGGGGUGUUUAUGGCGACAGUGGUGCCAGCAGUGCUAGUGCCAGGUUUCUCUGUGUACGGGACACACCUGCUGUGGCUGUACUCUGUUGCCGGGGCCGUUGCCGUGGUCAACAUCACCCUGUUCUGGCUGCUGGGGGUCAGCUCCCCCACCAAGAAACACACUAUCACCUACAAGGUGUCUAGGUUGGUACGUUCCUGUCUCUACCUGCUCCUUUCCUGUCUGUUCUUCCACACUGUAGUGAUCCUGUAUGGAGCACCGCUACUGGAGACUGCGUUGGAGACGUUCUCUCUGGCCGUGUUGUUGACCAGUCUAACCACUCUGCGGUGUGUCUGUGUCCUUGGGCCCAACGUCCAGGCUUGGAUAAGAGUGUUCAGCCGACAUGGGGCCAUGUCGGUGUGGGACACCUCUCUACAGAUGGUGGUCGGCUGCAGUGUUGUCGGAGCCUGGCUAGGAGCCUUCCCCAUCCCAUUGGACUGGGACCGGCCCUGGCAGGUGUGGCCCGUCUCCUGCAGUCUGGGUGCAGUGAUUGGUUACCUGACUGGGCUAAUCGUCGCCCCCGCCUGGAUCCACUGGCACCGCAAACACCUCACCUACAAGAUCAAGUGAUGGACUGGGGAGAGAGUGAGUGAGGAAGUGAUGGACUGGGGAGAGAGUGAGUGAGGAAGUGAUGGACUGGGGAGAGAGUGAGUGAGGAAGUGAUGGACUGGGGAGAGAGUGUGCAUUUCUGUACGUGCAUAUGGUUUAUAGGUCAGUCCUCCAGGCAGCUGAUCCAUUAUCCCUGUAGUAAUCCUGCUGUAUUCCAUUGGUAUCUGAAUAUGUACUGGACUGUUGGAGUGGACAGGCUCUCUCCUGUAAAAUAUGUUUCCUUCAAAAAAGAUUCCAGACGUCCCCCUUUUGACAAAUAAAGUCUUAGUUCUCUACA